GGACAGGGCAGCUUUGUGGGCCCUGUCCAAACAGCUCUAUCCUUCAUUUAUGUGUCCAUUCGUUAAUCUAUCUGUUUUUUUAAUCUAGAUUUACACCUAAUUUUCAAUCCAAUCUGUUUCCCGUUUCCCAAAGCAAUUCAUUCACACCCAUAAGUAUACGUAAUUUAAGCAUUCGUAUGAGUUUGUUUGCCCAAAUUCUGUAUACUUGCAUAUAAUUUUAGAGAGAGAUGGAGAAGGCAACUGAGAGGCAAAGGGUUCUGCUGCAGCAUCUUCGUCCUUCUUUCACUUCUUCUUCCCUUGAAGAUAUCGAAUCUACAAUCUCCGCGUCUAUAUGUUCAGCUGGAGAUAGUGCUGCAUACCAUAGGGCUUCUGUGUUUGGUGAUGAUGCGGUCAUAGUCGCUGCUUAUCGAACCGCACUCUGCAAGUCAAAGAGAGGGGGCUUCAAAGAUACUUAUCCUGAUGAUCUACUUGCACCAGUUUUGAGGGCAUUGAUUGAGAAAACAAAUUUGAAUCCAAGUGAAGUUGGGGAUAUUGUUGUUGGCACAGUUUUGGCUCCAGGCUCCCAAAGAGCAAGUGAAUGCAGGAUGGCUGCAUUUUAUGCCGGUUUUCCUGAAACUGUUCCUGUGAGAACUGUAAAUAGGCAAUGCUCAUCUGGUCUUCAAGCUGUAGCUGAUGUUGCUGCUGCCAUCAAAGCUGGAUUUUAUGAUAUUGGGAUUGGUGCUGGAUUGGAAUCAAUGACCGUCAAUCCUAUGGCUUGGGAAGGAUCAGUCAAUCCAAAAGUAAAAACAAUGGCACAAGCUCAAGAUUGUCUUCUUCCAAUGGGUGUUACCUCAGAAAAUGUUGCUGGUCGUUUUGGUGUCACAAGGCAGGAGCAAGAUCAGGCUGCAGUUGAGUCACAUAGAAAAGCAGCUGCUGCAACUGCAUCUGGAAAAUUUAAAGAUGAAAUCAUACCAGUGAAAACUAAGAAUGUCGACCCUAAGACUGGAGAUGAGAAGCCUGUUACGAUAGCUGUUGAUGAUGGAAUUCGACCAAACGCCUCAGUUGCAGACCUGGCAAAGCUGAAGCCUGUUUUCAAGAAGGAUGGCACAACCACUGCUGGAAAUUCUAGCCAAGUGAGUGAUGGUGCUGGAGCUGUGCUCCUUAUGAGGAGAAGUGUUGCAAUUCAGAAGGGAAUGCCAAUCCUUGGUGUAUUCAGGAGCUUUGCUGCUGUUGGUGUGGAUCCGGCAAUUAUGGGGAUUGGUCCAGCUGUUGCGAUACCUGCUGCAGUUAAAUAUGCAGGUCUUGAACUUGCCGACAUUGAUCUUUUCGAGAUAAAUGAGGCAUUUGCGUCACAAUUUGUAUACUGCAGUAAGAAGUUGGAACUCGAUCCUGAGAAAAUCAAUGUUAAUGGAGGUGCAAUGGCUAUUGGACAUCCUUUGGGCGCAACAGGAGCUCGCUGCAUUGCCACCUUGUUGCACGAGAUGAAGCGCCGUGGCAGAGAUUAUCGAUUUGGUGUGGUGUCAAUGUGCAUAGGCACGGGGAUGGGGGCAGCCGCUGUUUUUGAAAGAGGUGACUCUUGCGAUGAGCUUUGCAAUGCUCGACAAAUUGAAGCACACAAUUUCCUAUCCAAGGAUGCACAAUAAGCUUCAUAUAUACUUGUCAAGUUGCAUGAUAUUACAAUUUUUACUUUGAAGUACAACAAUAAGUUAGUUCACAAUAAUUUGGAAUUUGGAAAUUUAUCCAAGGAAUAUUACCUCAUUAUUGGUUUAUGGUCAUAAAUGAAUUGAGUUUUAUUUUUCA